AUGACUAUUGCUCCCAAUUGGGAUAUUAUUAAUUACUACUCCUCCGUUGUCAAUGGAAGAAUAUGGCUGAUGUGGGAUCAAGGAGAUUACAAUAUAACUGUACUGAAAUUGGAAGCUCAAUUAGUACAAUGUGAAGUUAGAGAUCUCUCUUCUAACUUUCAAUGUGUUCUGACUAUUGUCUAUGGAUUCAAUACUGUGGAGGAAAGAAGAUCUCUAUGGAACACUCUUCAAAAGAUCUCAUGUAAUACUAACUGCCCAUGGCUAGUGUGUGGGGACUUUAAUGCAAUAUUGUCGACUGCUGAUAGAAUGAGCUGUCAUCCUGUGAGUUUCAGUGAAGUGAAGGAUUUUUCAGACUGUAUUAAUGCCACUCUACUAAAUGAAUUACAAUGGAAAGGUGAAUAUUUCACAUGGUCAAACAAGAAACAAGGAUCAGAGAGGGUUAGUAGCAAAAUUGAUAGAGCAUUUGGUAACUAUGAGUGGAUGAUGCUGUGGGGCCAUAUUGUCUUGGAAUAUGACCUCCCUAACAUUUCAAACCAUGCCCCAAUGCUAUUGACAUUGCAGAGUGUGAACCAUAGCAUCAGAGCUCCAUUCAGAUUCUUCAACAUAUGGAGUGAGCAUGCACAAUUCUUGGAGCUAAUUGAAGUCCACUGGAAGAAGCAGUUUGAUAGAGAUCCUAUGCAGAAUGUAUGGAACAAACUAAAGGCACUGAGACCAGUCUUCAAACAGCUGAAUCAAAAAGAGUUUAAAGCCACAUCAUUGAAGAUUGAGAAGCCAAGAGAAGAACUAUAA